AUGAAGGUUGCUGCCAUUUUCAUCCUGUUCGUCACUACUUUCUUCGCGUCGUCUACUUUUGCGUUCUGUAUCUACAACAAUAUUGGGGAUGGACCUGAUGGUAGAAAAACUUAUCUAUGGGUUCGACAAGCUCCGUUGAAUGCUGGUCCAAAUUAUUUCAAACGUUUCGCCAAUUAUCACCUGAAUCAAGGCGAAAAGGCUUGCUGUGCAUACACCAACCCGGAUUGUGUCCGAAGCCAAAACAAAGAUGAAGAGAUCCAAUUAGUGGUACGAAAGUGGUAUGGUAAGGCGGAUUAUGAUCCCUUGGUCAUCUCUAUGCCUGGCGGUGGUUGGAUCAACUUUCAAGGAUCUGGAUACCUGAGUAACCAUUUUUUUGAAGUAUUCAAUCCUGAUGGUACACCUUAUCCUCUCAAAUACAGAGUAGACAACCAAGCUGGCUAUCAAUAA